CGCGAUUUCGAUAUCUAAUGUUUUACCUGCUGCUAAACUAAUGGGCGUCAAGACAUCCACUUCUCGCUAUGGAAAUGCAAGUUUCCCACGGGAAAAGCUAUCUAAUCUUAGAAUACAAAAUGCAGAUAAUGGGAUUUUGUAACAUAGCCAACAAACCACCAACCAGUCUUGUGUGUUUUAUGGAAACACGAGGAAUCUAAGCACGUUUGUGGAUGAUUAACUACUGAUUUUACUCUUUUUUUUGUGUUGUAUUCUUUUUGUUGAUGUAGCCCCUCCCAUUUUGAGCUGUGACUGAACUCAACGAGGAGUAGACUUCAGACAACAGUGGACUGUGAGUCAGUCGGUGACAGCCACAACUGAGCAAGACACGAGAAGAUCUGGUCAUUUUCCCACACUGAUUUUCUGCAUUACUUUUAACAGAUUUUUUGUGUCUGUACCAUAGACUGGAUACUUGUAAGGAAAAAGGACUGCAAUAAUUUUCCAGCUCAAUCCUGACAAAGCAAUGGAAUUUCUGAAGCUUUGUCAUUUAAGCUCAACCUUGGAUUUUUACAAGUUCUUUGGUUGAUUGAUCCCUUGUGAUAAUAGCAAUAAAAAAUGGUGGAACCGGUUGGAUUUGUGGAUGCUUGGAGGGCUCAGUUCCCCGAGUCUGAUCCUCCUUGUAUGGAGCUGAACUCGAUGGGUGAGAUUGAGCAGGAACUAGAUAAAUGCAAGUCCUCUAUCAAGCACUUGGAGAAGGAGGUAAACAAAGAGCGCUUUCGUAUGAUCUACCUGCAGACUUUACUGGCAAAGGAGAAGAAAUCAUAUGACGGGCAGAGGUGGGGAUUUAAACCAGUGGUGCAGAAUGACAACGGAGUGGACAGUGGCCAAGACAAGAAGAUCAACAAACCAACAAGGUGUAAGUCGCAUCCUCAUAGUGAUUUGGCCAAAAGUAGAGUGUCCCCUGUGACACAAGACAGUACAGAAGUUCCAGAUAUCCCAACUGGACCAGGAUCUGUGGCGGCUAUAAGGUCCACCUUUGAACGAAUUCGUAGAGCCAAUUCUCACACAGGUGGAGAUAGCAGAGGUCUGGCAGUUGUGGGAGGUCCUGAAAAGCCGUUUUAUGUCAAUAUGGAGUACCACCAUGAAAAAGGUUUGGUCAAAGUGAACGAUAAAGAUGUUUCGGCCAAAAUAAGCACACUUGGUAGUCAAGCUAUGCAGAUGGAGAGGAAGAGAUCACUCAAUUCGCUGCCAGUGAACUUGUCUUCCACUCAGGAGGUGAAUAAUAAGUGUGUACAAAGAAGGGGAUCUACUGAUGGAAACUAUGAUGGGUUGAAUAAUGAGCAAGAAAUGAAUCUACAAUCACAAGACAAUCUAAGUCCAAAGCCAAAUGAGUGUCAACCCUAUACUACUGUUUAUGUUGGUGGGAUGAUGCCAGAAAGUGAAACGAAAGUCAUCAACAUUAGAGACAGGGCCAUUGAGGAAGAUGCCAAUUUAACAUGGCCAAGGUGUUCCUAUUCUCCUGGCAGUUUUGAAGAAGGCUACACACCAGACUGCAGCUCCAAUGAGAACUUGACAUCCAGUGAGGAGGACUUUUCUUUGGGACAGUCCAGCCAUGUUUCGCCCAGUCCUACCACAGCGUACCCUAUGUACCACCGGGACAAGAGCCGCUCGCCCUCGCAGAAUUCUCAGCAGUCCUUUGAGAGCAGCAGCCCCCCCACACCGCUGUCGCAGAAGAGGUUAAAACAGCUUCAGGGGCAGGUGUUGCCCCUGAAGGAGCACAGAUCAGGACCGGUUUGGCCCAGUGAUGGAGAGUCCACUACAUCCAGCAGGACGUCCCAUGACACCAGCCUUCAGGGAGAUCUAGAAGCUCCUUACAAUGAUACAUCUGGGUCCUAUACGUUUGACCUGGACCAGAGCGAGGACCAAACCCAGGACUCUUUCAGUGGAUCCCCCCCUCAGUCCCCUCGCCUUUGCUCAAAGAGCCGCAGCAGCCGCGACACUCAGUCCAAUGACUCCCUGGAGUCUGCUCUGUCGGUUGAGCUGGAUCAGGAAAAAGGGCUGGAAAUGCGGAAGUGGGUUUUGUCCGGAAUUCUGUCCAGUGAGGAGACAUACCUCAGCCACCUGGAGGCACUUUUAAUACCAAUGAAGCCCCUGAGAGCUGCUGCCACCACGUCUCAGCCGAUGCUCACGGUUCAACAGAUCGAGACCAUCUUCUUCAAAGUCCCAGAGCUUUACGAGAUCCACAAAGAGUUUUAUGAUGCGCUGCUGCCCCGAGUCCAAGACUGGAGCCAAAACCAGUGUGUGGGGGACCUCUUUCAGAAACUGGCCAGUCAGCUCGGAGUGUACAGGGCCUUCGUGGAUAACUAUAAGGUCGCCGUGGAGACUGCAGACAAGUGCUGCCAGGCAAAUGCUCAGUUUGCCCAGAUAUCUGAGAGUCUGAAAGUAAAAAGCACAAAGGAUUGUAAAGAUCAGUCUGCAAAAUAUUCACUUGAAACUCUCCUUUACAAACCCAUAGACAGAGUUACACGCAGUACACUUGUUCUACAUGACCUCCUGAAGCACACACCCUCAUCCCACCCGGACCUCCCUCUGCUGCAAGACGCUCUCCGAAUCUCCCAAAACUUUCUGUCCAGCGUCAACGAAGAGAUAACGCCACGCCGGCAGUCCAUGACCAUCAAGAAGGGAGAGCACAGACAGCUGCUCAGGGACCGGUUCAUGGUGGAGCUGGUGGAGGGCUCUAGGAAACUGCGUCACGUCUUCCUGUUCACGGACCUCCUGCUCUGCACCAAAUUGAAGAAGCAGUCCUUGGGGAAGGGGCAGCAGUACGACUGUAAGUGGUACAUCCCAUUGGCCGACCUCACCUUUCAGACUCUGGAGGACUGUGAGUCAACACCCAUCCCUUUGGUCCAGGAUGAGGAAAUCGAUGCCAUGAAAAUCAAAAUUUCUCAAAUCAAGAAUGACAUCCAACGAGAAAAGAGAACAACGAAAGCCCCCAAAGUGAUUGAGCGAUUGAGGAAGAAGCUGUCAGAGCAGGAGUCAAUGCUGCUGCUAAUGUCCCCUAAUAUGGCGUUCAGAGUGGCCAGCAGGAACGGCAAGGGUUUCACAUUUCUCAUCUCUUCUGAUUAUGAGCGAGCUGAGUGGAGGGAAAUCAUUCGAGAACAACAGAAAAAAUGUUUUAAAAGCUUCUCUCUAACUUCUCUGGAGCUGCAAAUGCUCACAAACUCCUGUGUUAAACUCCAGACAGUGCACACAAUACCAAUGACUAUGAGCAAAGAAGAUGAUGAGUCUUCAGGUUUGUAUGGCUUCCUAAAUGUCAUUGUCCACUCGGCGUCAGGCCUUAAACAGAGUCUAGACCUGUACUGCUCUUUGGAGGUGGAUUCAUUUGGAUAUUUUGUGAACAAGGCGAAGACACGAGUGCACCGAAACUCAACUGAACCAAACUGGAAUGAGGAGUUUGAGAUUGAACUGGAAGGUUCCCAGACUCUGAGGUUGCUCUGUUAUGAGAAAUGUGCCACUAAAUCAAAACUGAGUAAAGAAGAUGCAGAGCUCACAGAGAGAAUCAUCGCCAAAGGUCAAAUCAAGCUGGACCCGCAGACUUUACAAAACAAAGACUGGCAACGAACUGUUAUUGCUAUGAAUGGGAUUGAGGUGAAGUUGUCAAUGAAGUUCACAAGCCGAGAAUUCAGUCUGAAGAGGAUGCCUUCAAGGAAACAGUCUGGAGUGUUUGGGGUCAAAAUAAAUGCGGUGACCAAGAGAGAGCGGUCGAAGGUGCCCUUGAUUGUACGGCAGUGUGUGGAGGAGAUUGAACGGAGAGGGAUGGAGGAAGUGGGGAUCUACAGAGUGUCUGGAGUUGCAACAGACAUACAGUCACUGAAAGCUGCAUUUGACACAAAUAAUAAGGAUGUGUCUUUGAUGAUGAGAGACAUGGACGUCAAUGCCAUAGCUGGGACUCUCAAGUUGUAUUUUCGUGAACUACCUGAGCCUCUUUUUACUGAUGAGUUAUACCCAAACUUUGCUGGCGGCAUUGCUCUUUCAGACAGUGUAGCCAAGGAAAGCUGCAUGUUGAACUUACUACUGUCUCUGCCUGAACCCAACCUAGUCACUUUUCUCUUUAUACUUGACCAUUUAAAAAGGAUUGCCGAUAAUGAGAGCAUUAACAAGAUGUCACUGCACAACCUGGCCACAGUUUUUGGUCCCACUUUGCUUCGGCCAUCUGAGAAAGACAGUAAACUGAACAGCUCCCAGCCCAUCUCUAUGAACGACUGCUGGUCUUUGGAGGUCAUGGCUCAGGUCCAAGUGCUGCUGUAUUUUCUGCAGCUUGAGAGUAUCCCAACUCCAGACAGCAAGCGGCAGAGCCUUCUCUUCUCCACUGAAGUAUAACAGGAGCACAUACUUCAUUCUCAUCAUAAUGAGAAAGUAACUUUUCCCAUGAUUAGCCUCGGUGAAUGCUGCUGAGUGGCUGCUGGUUUACCAUACAGUUGCAUUGUAUGUCCACCAGAGGGAGGCAAUAAUGCACAUUUAGUUUUGAAAAAAGACCAUUGUGCGUUUUGGGUUUUUUUUGUGUUGGUUCAACAAUCUCUUCUAAAUCAUUCCUAUUUUUAUUUAAACACCUUUCUUUAAAACGUUCCUUGUUCUGUCACUGUGCACAUCUCUCCAAUCAAAGGAGGUUUACUAUUUUGCUGGUUAAUUUUUUUUUUCAUUGUUGAUGUUGAGCGAAUGAUUGCUUGUUUUUGUGUUUCGGUAAAAGCUGUGCCAAUGGUUCCCUACUGAUGACCAAUAGAUCAUUUCAUUUACUCUUAUGUUUACACUCUUCUAAUUUUAUAAAGUGACUGAAUUGUUGUAGUCACUAAACAUGCAGGCAUGUUGAACUAUAAACGUUUUAAGUGUUAUGUACCGUAAUUGUCUAUAUUUUUUUCCUAAUUUGGUUGGGCCAGAAAACAGAAAUUUGAGGACCAAUAAAAGGGUAAAAUGCCAAAUUAGGUUUUUUAAAAGUUUUGGGAUUAUGGCCUUGGCCUAUCAAAAAAUAUUCCCUCACAUAAAAUAUUAUAGAAUAUUAUUGUUACACAUCCUUUGUAAAGCCCUGUUUUCUUGUUUUUUCUCAUGACAACGCAUUAGUGAGCAUAUGGUCAAUAUCUAUGCUGUUGAAGUCAUGUUUGUCAUAAUCUUUUUUUCCAGUUAAUUACCUUGCAUCAGUGUUACAUGUACAUUCCUCGAAUAAUAUUGAAACUCUAGGACAUGAACUCUGCUGUAGAAAUGAAGAGAUUAGUCUUAUCUACAAACUGUUCCUCACUGGACUUUUAAAGAGCCAUAUCUGAUGUUAGCUGGUUAUUACUGCAUUUAUCUUCCACAGUCUCAGUAUUAGUGUAAACCUCUGUGAAAGCACAUGUCACAACAAGUAUUCAACUUUUAUUAGCUGUACAAAAGCAAUAACUGUACGAUCAAUGUAUAUGUAAACAUGUAAAUAAAUAAGGGUAUAAUAUA